AUGGAAUCUGGGUUGCUUCCUUUGUUAUAUACUAAAAAAGAAGCUAAAGCAACUCUAAUAGGAUAUCCUUUUUUUAUUGUUUAUAUUAUUGCUGCUGGACUUGGUAUUUGGAUUGAGGGAACAUUUGAAACAGCUUCUAUUGUAUUUUUAUGUGUUAGCGGAUUAAUUCAUGUACUGUUAUAUUUAAACACUGAAUGGUCACUUAGUUUUAACGUAAAGAUUAAUUUUAAUCAAGUUACAUCAAUAAGUGAAGCUACUCAUGUUUUUUUCGAACAUAAAACAGAAAAAGCAUUAUGCCCAAUUAAAAAAGGAGAACAUUAUACUUAUGUUUAUUUUAAUUUUAAAAAAUAUAUUUACAAUACAGAAGAUGGACUUUUUUAUCCAUUAGAAUAUCCUAAUAAAAUGACAUUAAAAGAAUAUAACUCUGCUGGUUGUUUGACAAAAUUAAAAGUUAAUGAAAAAGAUGAAUAUUAUGGUUUAAAUAAAUGUACAAUACCUGUUCCUACUUUUAUGGAUUUAUAUAAAGAACAAAUUAUGCAACCAUUUUUCAUAUUUCAGGUUGUUUGUAGUAUUUUAUGGAUGAUGGAUGAUAUGCCAAUGUUUGCUUUUAUGAUGCUAAUUAUGUUAUUUGUCUUUGAAGGAAUGACAACGUUAACCAGAUUAAAAAACUACGGUAAUUUUAAAGCUAUUGCAGCAAUGAAACCAACAACACAUACAGUUUAUAGAGAUGGAAUUAAAACACAAGUUGAUUGUGAUCAUAUAUAUCCUGGAGAUCUAUUAGUUAUUACUACAGGAAAAGCUAUUGCAGAUUGUGUUAUUGUUAAAGGAAUGUGUGUUGUAAAUGAGUCUAUAUUAACUGGUGAAAGUACACCACAUAUGAGAGAGGCGCUAUCAACAAUUAUUGACCCAAAUACAGAAAAUGAUAUUCUUGAUUUAAAUGUUCAUAAACAUCAUAUCAUCUUUGGAGGAACUGAAGUACUUCAAGACGAACAGUGUUUAGGAUAUGUUAUUCAUACAGGAUUCCAAACUGCUCAAGGAGAGUUAUUAAGAACUAUUAUAAGUUCAACUGAACGUAAAACAGCAAACAAUUUAGAAAGCUUAGUUGUUAUUUUAUUUUUAUUAGUUUUUGCAUUGAUAGCUGCUGGUUAUGUAUUUGUUGAUGGAAUUAACAAAGGAAAAUCAUUUUGGAAAUUAGUAUUGUCAUGUGUUUUAAUUAUAACUAACGUUGUACCACCAGAAUUACCUAUGGAAUUAACUAAUGCUAUUAACUAUUCUUUAAUUGCAUUAAAGAAACAAUUUAUCUUUUGUACUGAACCUUUUAGAAUUCCAUUUGCUGGAAUUGUUGAUAUUUGUGCAUUCGAUAAAACAGGAACCCUCACUUCUGAUGAAGUAUCAGUUGCGGGUAUUGCUGGAUUAAAAGAUGAUCCAUUUAAAUUAAGAAGUAGUGUUGAUGAAAUACCACAAGAAAUUGUUAAUGUUAUUGUUGCAUGUAAUUCGUUAUCUAAAAUGAAAGAUGGAAGUAUUAUAGGAGACCCAGCUGAAAAAGCAGCAUUAGAAUUUUCAAAAUGGAAUUUAACUUCUGAUGGAAGAUUUACUCCUUUAAAGAAAACUAAUAAACAAAUUCAACCAAUACAACGAUUCCCAUUUUCUUCAUUACUUAAAAGAAUGUCUGUUGUUGUUGCUAUUAAAGAUUUUAGUACUAACACCAAAACUAUUAUGGGAUUUGUUAAAGGAGCUCCAGAAAUGUUAAAAGGAAUGUUUAAAGAAAUACCACAUCACUACGACAAUGUUAAUAGGUUCUUUACAUUACAAGGGAUGAGAGUAUUAGCAUUUGGAUAUAAAGUUAUUAAUGGAGAAAAAAAUAAGUAUAUUAGAGAUGAUAUUGAAUCUGAUUUAGAAUUUGGUGGAUUUAUUUUAUUCUCAUCACCAAUUAAGAAAGAAAGUAAUGAAACAAUUAAACAAUUAAAAGAAAGUGGACAUAAUGUUGUUAUGAUUACAGGAGAUUCUAUUUUUACUGCUGCUCAUGUUGCAGAAGAAUUAAAAAUUACUAGUAAAGAUAAGGUAAUGCUAAUUAAAGAAAAAGAAAAAUGGGAAUGGACAGAUAUGGAAGGUCUUGAAAUUAGUCCAUUUGAUAUAAAACAAGUUAGUUCAGAAGUUAUGAAUCGAUACAUCUGUCUUAGUGGGGAAGCGCUUGCUCAUAUAAAAGAAGAAUGCUCAAAAGAAAUAAUUCAAACGAUUCUAUCAAAAACUAAAGUAUAUGCACGUGUUACACCUCAACAAAAAGAAGAAAUUAUAUUAUUAUUAAAAGAAAUGGGUAAUAUAGUGUUAAUGUGUGGAGAUGGAACAAAUGACGUUGGAGCAUUAAAACAUGCAGACGUAGGUAUUGCUGUUUUAAAUACAUUACCUAAUGAAAAAGAAAAGAGAGAAGCAGAAAUGAUAAAGUUGGGAAUUAUUCCAAUGCCAACCAAACCUACUCCUAAACCUCUCACCCCUGAAGAAAUCGAAAGAAGAAGAAGAAUGACUCCACAAGAAAGAAGUGAGUUCUUAAAAAAUGAAUUAAGAAAAGCAUUUGAAGGGUUACCAGAUGAUGAAUCAACUGUUGCUAAGUUUGGAGAUGCAUCUAUGGCUUCUCCAUUUUCAUGUAAAUCUAUUGAACUUACACCAGUUUUGUCAGUAUUAAAACAAGGAAGAUCUACAUUAGUAACUACUCAACAAAUGUUUAGAAUAUUAGCUUUGAAUUGUUUAAUUAGUGCAUAUGAUUUAAGUGUAUUAAAAAUUGAAGGAGUUAAGAACAGUGAUGUACAAAUGACUGUAACAGGAAUAUUAUUAUCUGUAUGUUUCUUAAUGUUAUCAAAUACUCAACCAUUAGAUAAACUUAGUAAACAUCAUCCGACAAAAACUAUAUUUGCACCGUUCCACGUAUUGUCUGUAAUUUCACAAGUAGUUAUUCACUUUAUAGUUAUUCAACUUGCAUUAAAAUGGGGUAAAGAAGCUGCUGGUCCUGAUUAUAAAAUACCUGAAGAAGAUGCUGAAUUUAAACCAACAUUAGUUAAUAGUAUUAUCUUUAUUGUGUCUAAUAUUAUUAACGUUACAGUUUUUGUUGUCAAUUAUGUUGGAGAACCUUAUCGAAAGAAUAUCACAGAAUAUAAACCAUUGAUGUAUUGUCUUUUAAUAGUCUUUGGACUAACAAUCAUUCUUUCCUUUGAAAUUAUACCAGAACUUAAUGAAUUAUUCUCAUUAGUUUCAUUCCCAUCAGAUGAAUUAAAGUACCGAAUUAUUGGAUUAAUUGUUGCUGAUAUUGGAAUUUCAUUUGGAGUUGAACGAAUGUUAAGAAUUUUGUGCAAAUUCAAUUAA